AUGACUUCCGUUUUCAAGUCCGAAAUUGAUGCAGCUUCGCCUCCUCCUCCUCAACAAAAGGCUUCAAAACAGGCCUGUGACAACUGCCGACGACGCAAGAUCAAAUGCAAUCGUGCUCAGCCAUGUGAUAAAUGCCAACGUCUGCUCUUAUCCUGCUCUUACUGCGACGUCCUGCAGAGAAAGGGGCCCAAGUUCCGUACAUUGUAUCCCCUUGCACCCCUGCAGACAUUAGUCUCGCAAUACCCGACUCCUCCUCAGAGUAUUGCUGAUAAAGGAAGUCAAGCUGAGUUGAUGGUCCCACACGCCAUGAUUGACCCGUCCUCCUCUUCUGCAUACUACGAUUCUUCACUUGCUCUAUCCGGAAUAGAGAUUUUGACCGAAGCAACUAAUGCAAGAAAUGAAUGCAACAAUAUCUGCGAACAAGUCACGCUGGAAUCACUCCUAACUUCAUUUUUCCUGUUUGCUGCUUAUGGCAACCUAGAUCGUCAGAAUGAGGCUUGGUUUUAUUUAAGUCAAGCUACGUCCAUGGCUUUGACGCUUGGGCUUCACCGGGAAGCUACUUAUUCCGCUUUUGGGGAAGAUGAGGCCGAAGAACGGAGAAGAGUGUUCUGGUUAUUGUUUGUGACUGAAAGAGCGUAUGCCCUUCAACAAGCAAAGCCCAUUAUGCUUCGAAACUCCAUUCGAAAGCCUGCCAUUCUAUCGACAGAAGAUCACAUAAUCCAGUACGGAUUCUACAAUCUUAUCAGCAUAUUUGAGAAAAUCACGGCAGAGCUAUUCGACUGGAUAGCCAUUGAAUGUGAUGAAACUUUUAUAGCAAGCAUGACUUCGGGCCGGACCAACCUACGGGAUAUGAGUCGACAGCAUCACUUCAGUCAGCCUAUUCCUAUCGGGAGCGUCGCAGAGAUUCAGAAUCUAGAUAUCGCCGGGACACAACAGUGGCUUCAAGCCAUGGCUUGGAAGCUCUCGAUGAGCGACCUAUCGCAAUUCAGAAGUACAGAUGCUUUGUUACCUUUUCAUUUCCCGGUAUUGGUUGCGAAGGCAGUAAUGGAUGUAUUUCAGGGCUCGACGGUAUUACAAUCAGCAGGUGGCCAUGACCGAAGGAUGUCAAUUAUCAAGUCGGAGUCUGGGAUGCAAGGUUAUCCAACUCGCGAUAUCAAUAAUGAGGAGUUCCUUCUCGACAUCAUGAACAUUCUCUCGCGUAUCCGUCCAAAUAAUAGCCACCAACCUCAAGCUCACCAUUCUUUUCUCUCGCAAAUCCCGCCGACAUCCACCUCGCCCUCCAAUCAAUUCUUUCGAUAA